AUGGUCAAAAUAUGUCGCAUAGGAGGCAUUCUCUUGGCGCUAGCUCGGUCGAUACAAUGUGCAUCUCCGGACUCGAUGCCCGCCGUCACUGGUACUUACGGUGCUGGCCUCGUCGUCACGUCCCUCUCUGACUCGUCCCGUCAAGCAGUAUUCGCCACAAUUCCGACAUCUAGACUGCUUGGAGUUUCCAUCUUCUAUCCCACAUCAAAGGCCGCGGAUGCCAUCAACCAGCCAUAUUUCCCUGCUUCGCUGGCUCUCGCAUUCGACGCAGAGCACCUUGAAGCAAGCGGCCUGUCUAUACCAAACAGUACGCUCGAGCGGCUUUCAAUCCCACUCGCUGCCUCCAACACCUCCAUAGCGUCUCCAGCGGCCGGCAACAGCAGUUGGCCGACUCUACUCUUCAACCCAGCUUAUUUCACCACUCGCCACCUCUACUCGACUCUUCUAUCACAUCUCGCUUCAGCCGGCUACGUCGUCAUUGCAUUCGAUUCUCCUUACGACAGCGACCUCUUCCUUGACCCAGCCAACAGCACUAACGUAAUGCAGGGCAAUUCGUCGGCAGAUGCCGAUGAAAUGAGUUGGAUCAACCUCGAUUACGAUGCUCGUGUUCAAGACUUCGUGUUCGUUUUAGACAAUCUCGCCGAUCUUGCCGCCCUGAUACCGUCGUGCUACCACAGCGGCGACGACUCCUCCUGCCUCAACACCACCCAUGUCGGGACCCUUGGCCACUCCAUUGGUGGCGCGGCCGCUGCUGGAGCCGCCGGCACAGGGGAUCCUCGAAUUAUCGGGACCGCCAACCUCAAUGGAGCGAAUCUGGGCAACGUCGUAUCCAAAGGGUUCAAUGUGCCGUACCUGCUUUUCACGGCUGAAGGCCAGAACAGCUCCGCGGGUCCAUUGAUUAACGGUACUGGUUGGAAUGAAGUAUGGGACCAUAUCCCGGCAGACAAGUGGUGGCUCAUUCUGGACGAUGCGAAGCAUUAUUCCUUCUCAGACCUCCCGCUCAUGCUCGAGGUGAUGGGUGUGACGUGGAGCAACGAGACGGGUGACUUGGAGCAAAUAACACGGUCUCUCUCCGGCAUAAGAGGUCUUCAAAUCUUAGUGGACUUCGUAGGUGCUUUCUUCGGAACAUGUUUUCGUGGUGGUGGGCAGCCUCUACCGCGGAUACUGGCUGCGCCGGAUAAGGAGGAGUGGCCGGAAGUCACUUUUGAUGUCAGGACGUCUGUGCUUGACAAGCAGGGGCAGCCGGCGAGCUAUACAUCCAGGGCGAACAGUGUGAAUCCGGGCCAGGCUGUUUUGGGACGCAUGCUCGAGCACAAAAAGGAACUUGUCGCCGCUCACAGGUGGCUUAAAGACCUCGGGACCAACCCACCAGCUCGGACCCGAAAGCGUCCUCCUCUUAUACUCAAACUCACCUUCACAAAAAGCCGAACUCUAUUCAACGUCAUCCCCUUCCCUGAUCGUCUCACUAGCAAACUGUACAGGCACCCGCCUAUACAUACCUACAGCGACUUGUAG